AUGCACUUUAAUCUCCUCACGGCCCUCGCCGUGCUGUCCUACACGGGACUCAAUAUGGUCCAUGCUAGCCAUUGUGUCCCCACGACCGUCAUCACUUGUCCACGCGACUCGGAUGAACACCCUCUGAAUCAGCCUAUGGCGUGUCUCCCCACGGCUGAUGAUCCGGUUAUGAAGUACGGUCCACCGAAGAACUGGUGUCGAUUCGAUAGGGCUUUGAGCGAUGCCGUAAAAUUCUACUGCGUAAGUGUCUUCUUCUUCUUUAUCAACCCUUUUUUUCCCUUCUUCUUUCAUUCGUGGAUAUUUGGAGCUAGGGAAUGUAUGCGAUCACCAAUAAUUCAUACACCCAUGGAAACUGGCGAUAAAGUGGGAUGGGUUUGUGGAGAAGAGGAGGAGGAGGAGGAGCAGUUUUUGGGGAAAAUCGGAAAGGAAGUAGUGGGUUCUGCAUGGUAUUUAACCUAG